CUGCAAAUAGGGCUGCGGACAGAAAGUCCUGCACAGUUUCAGCUUUAAACUAAUGAAUAAAAGUCACCUGCAGCCUGAAAGCUCCACUUCACAACACUUUCAACACACUGAGGAACAAGAAUAAAGGAACUUUUGCAUUGGACUUGCAAAAAAAAAAACCCUGCAGAAAAAAUGAUUUUUGACAAGUUGAAGAAGUUUGCCAUCGUCUUCGACUCCCCGGAGGUGAACUGUCCUCCGGUGUUCAGCAGCGGAGACGUGGUGUCCGGCCGGGUGGUGGUGGACCUGUCCACGGAGAGUCGGAUAGAAUCCCUGAAGCUCCACGCUGAAGGUUUCGCCAAAGUGCACUGGACCGAGUCCCGGUCCGCCGGCUCCAGCACCGCGUACACCCAGAACUACAGCGACGAGGUGGAGUACCUGAACCGGAGAGAGGUGCUGCUGCAGGCAGAUAAUGGCGAAGUGACAGUCCUUCCUGCCGGCAGACAUGAAUUUCCAUUCAGCUUCCAGCUGCCCGAGGAGACGCUGGUCACCUCCUUCGAGGGGAAACACGGCAGCAUCCGUUACUGGGUCAAAGUGAAGCUCCACAGGCCGUGGGCCACCGUCAGGAAGAUCAAGAAGGAGUUUACGGUCAUCGAGCCCAUCGACAUCAACACGCCAGCCUUACUGGCACCACAGGCUGGAACGAAGGACAAGAUGGCGCGGGCGUGGUACCGCAACUUUGGACAGGUGUCUGUAACUGCAAAGAUCGACCGCAAAGGCUACACACCAGGCGAGGUGAUACCCGUCUUUGCGGAGUUUGACAACUGUACCUCCAGAUCAGUCGUGCCCAAAGCUUACAUCACUCAGACGCAGACGUUCAUCGCCCGCGGCACCAUGAAGCAGAAGCGUGCGGUGGUGGGCACGCUGUGCGGCGAUAUCGUUGGGGCCAGAUGCAGGGAGACGUGGCACGGUCGCGCCAUCAAGAUCCCGCCCGUGGGUCCCUCCAUCCUGCAGUGCCGCAUCAUCAAAGUGGAGUACAUGCUCAAGGUUUGUGUUGAUGUUCCCGGGACAUCCAAGCUGUGUCUGGAGCUGCCGCUGGUCAUCGGCACCAUCCCCCUCCAUCCCUUCGGCAGCCGCACCUCCAGCGUCAGCAGCCAAUACAGCGUCAACCUGGAGUGGCUGCGCAUGGCCAUCCCCGAGCAGCCUGAGCCUCCCCCAGAUUACAGCUCCGUGGUGACCGAGGAGGAGGCCGAGCAGUGCAACAACUUGGUGGUCCAACAACCCGCCGAAGACCUGAGUGGGAUCCUGGAGCGCCCCCUCAUGGCUUUUGUCCAAGAGUUUCGCUUCCGACCUCCGCCAGUGUACAGCGAGGUCGACCCCAACCCUCAGCCCUUAAACAUGAGACCUCGCUGCAUGACGUGUUGAACCAUGAGCCCUGCCUGAGCGUCAAGCGACUUAACUUUAAGAAACAAAUCAAGAGAUUUGUUUUCUCCUGGAUUACUUCUCUCCGAUAAAUGGCCCACGGUUCCACCAGGAGUGUCGUGGAUGGACUGAGCGCCGCGGAGAGUUCAGGAGACGGAGCUCACAGGAACUGGUCGUCAGUGGAGGAGCCGCCGCUUCGUUUCUAGUCCAUAAAGAAAAGUGGACUCUUUCCUGUUCAGUUACGAGGAAAGUAACUUCUCCGCGUCAGUUCCUGUCCUCCCCAAGUGAUUUUUGGCUCCUUUUUUUAAACAAAGCGAGCUACAAAUACCUCCCAAUCAACGAGUCCCUCAUGAGAAGUGAAUUUUGAGAUUUAAGGAGUUUGGGACAUAUUGGGGGGUGAAAGAUCACUUGAUAUUUGUCAGGUGGGGAGUUGGAGUUGCCCCAAAAAAAGCGCUCUUGAUGUUGACGUAUAGCAGAGUCAUCUUUGAGUGACGUGAAAAGAAAAGUGCAAUCUUUCCAACUCUCCUCGUCCUGGCAACACGGUCGAUUUUAACAACCUAUGCAUUGCUAUGCAUUGUGUGACUGAGCAGCAGUGUGCCUGUGACGAUUUCUACUGUUAGCUGAGCACAUACUGUAUCUGAAGGUGUGACGGCGGAGCAGACAAGUCAAGUAAGCAGAUAUAGAUGUAUUUUAUGCAUGCAGGUAACAAUAUGUAAAAGGGAAAAAAUAACAUAUGCCUUAAUUAUCUGCAGUUGAAGAUUGCAUGAGAGUUUCAGGGAGUCGUUCUCUCAUAGAGAUGAAAGGAGCUGAAUGUAUUCUGCAAGAACUUUGAACAAAAACGGUUGGACUGUAUGUGGGUGAAUUCCAACAGAGGUGUUGUGUUAAUGAAAGGCUUAAAGCACUGAAGUGUCAGAGCUGUGAUUGUUUAGCGCCGUGAUAGGAUAGAAUGAGCGGUUUAUGUUAUAAAGGCUGCACAAGGCUCGUAGAUUAGCUCUCCCAGCUGCUAAACAAAAGGAGGAGGAGGAGGAGGAGAUCCACGUGGUCUGAAGCUUUUUUUUGAUGGGAGCCAGAUGCCUCGGUGCUGCGGGGCGCUUUGUGACGCUCCACCAGCGCUCGGCGUUCAAGUCGAGCCUUAAAGCUGGAGAUGCCACUGAAAUGUAAGGACAUUCCAAAAAACUGACUCGAGGAUUUUUAUCCUCAACUUCCAAAAAAAAAACUGUUUGAGUAUGAAAGAAGUCUUCAGGGUCAGCUGUGCGACUUCGGUGGCACGCACUGAAAAAAAUAUAUUUUUAUACAAAUUGUUGAUUCACAAUCUUGCCAAAGUUUUGUAAUUGUUUUUUGUAAUAAAACAAACUGAAAUGAU